GGUGGAGCCCAUGCCCGUCAGUCCCUGAAUUGGGGCCGCCGCCGCCGCGGUAGGAGGGAGGAGGCAGUGGGGACCUCUCCGGGAGCUCCUCCCUCGCCGCCGCCCGCAGCAUCUCCAUGGCCGCUGUGGUUCCCGGCGUGGUUACCCCCGCCGUGCUGCUGCAUGUGCUGACGAAGGGGGAGGCGGUGGCCGUCGAGGCCGGGCCUGGAGGCUCAGGACCCCCGCCUCCCUGAGAAGGAGCCGAAAUGGCAGUGCCGGCCGCGCAGGUGAUACUUUGACCUUCCUGAAACUGUUCCUGAAUACUUUUUGAAUGGACAUCCCUGCAACUCUCAAACUGCCUGAGAUGGCAAGUCCGGCGAUCAGCCCUGACUCUUCUUCCCAUGAAGCACUGUCCUCUGUCAACUCCAUGCCUGCCUGCUCCCCCACUUCUGAUUCUGAGAAUCUGAGCCCAGAUGAGUUGGAGCUAUUGGCAAAGCUUGAAGAACAAAACAGGCUUCUGGAAGCAGAUUCCAAAUCUUUGCGCUCCAUGAAUGGCUCUCGAAGGAACAGUGGAUCCUCUUUGGUCUCAAGCUCUUCUGCCUCAUCCAAUUUGAGCCAUCUUGAAGAGGAUACUUGGAUCCUGUGGGGUAGGAUUGUAAAUGAAUGGGAAGAAUGGCGGAAAAAGAAAGAAAAAUUGCUCAGGGAGCUUAUAAGAAAAGGAAUCCCCCACCACUUCCGAGCCAUUGUUUGGCAGCUUCUGUGCAGUGCUACAGACAUGCCAGUGAAGAACCAGUAUUCAGAGUUGUUAAAGAUGUCUUCUCCUUGUGAAAAGCUGAUCAGGAGGGAUAUUGCUAGGACGUACCCAGAGCAUGAGUUUUUCAAGGGACAGGACAGUCUGGGCCAAGAGGUCCUCUUCAAUGUUAUGAAGGCUUACUCUCUAGUAGACCGUGAGGUUGGGUACUGCCAGGGAAGCGCAUUCAUCGUUGGACUGCUCCUGAUGCAGAUGCCUGAAGAAGAGGCCUUCUGUGUGUUUGUCCGGCUGAUGCAAGAGUACAGAUUACGAGAACUAUUCAAACCCACUAUGGCUGAGCUAGGACUCUGUAUCUACCAGUUUGAGUACAUGCUGCAGGAGCAGCUGCCUGAACUGAAUAUCCACUUCCGUUCCCAAAGUUUCCUUACCUCUAUGUAUGCAUCAUCUUGGUUUCUUACUCUCUUCCUCACCACCUUUCCUCUGCCUGUGGCCACUCGAGUGUUUGACAUCUUCAUGUAUGAGGGACUGGAAAUAAUCUUCCGUGUGGGGAUGGCUCUUCUGCAAUUCAACCAGGCUGAACUGAUGCAACUGGACAUGGAGGGGAUGUCACAGUUUUUCCAGAAGGUGAUUCCUCAUCAGUUUGACAGCUGUCCUGAUAAGCUAAUACUUAAGGCCUACCAGGUCAAAUACAACCCUAAGAAAAUGAAGAGACUAGAGAAGGAGUAUACAGCGAUCAAAAACAGAGAGAUGGAAGAACAGAUUGAAAUCAAGAGGCUCCGUACUGAGAAUCGCCUUCUGAAACAGCGAAUUGAAACCCUGGAGAAGGAGAGUGCUGCCUUGGCAGAUAGAUUGAUCCAGGGCCAAGUUACCCGUGCACAAGAGGCUGAAGAGAACUACAUCAUCAAGCGGGAGCUAGCAGUGGUUAAGCAGCAGUGCUGUUCAGCAACAGAGAACUUGCAGAAGGCCCAAAGUACUAUUCGGCAAAUGCAGGACCAACAGGGAAAUCCCCGCUUCUCUGAGGAGUUUGUGAGUCACCUGGAAACAGAGCUAGAGCAGUCACGCCUGAGGGAGUCUGAGACUCUGAGUGCACUUAAAGAGAUGCAGGACAAAGUGUUGGACAUGGAGAAGAAGAACAGCUUGCUUCCUGAUGAAAACAAUGUGGCCCGCCUGCAGGAAGAACUGAAGGCUAUGAAAGUGCGGGAGUCUGAGGCUCUGAAGUCCUUUAGGGAGCUGCAGCAGCAAGUGAAGGAGCUCAAUGACAACUGGCAGGCCCACCUGAGCCGGACAGGUGGGCGAUGGAAGGACUCUCCUCGCAAGAACACUAUGAAUGACCUCCAAGAUGAAUUGAUGAGCCUCCGUCUGCGUGAGACGCAGGCUCAAGCUGAAGUCCGGGAGCUGCGCCAGAGGGUGGUGGAGCUUGAAACCCAGGAUCAAAUCAACAGCAACCAUUUAAACCGGAUGGAGCAGGAAUGUGCUGGGCUGCAUGAAAAGGUCCAGUACCUCACCGCCCAGAACAAGGGGCUGCAGACCCAACUGAGUGAGACCAAGCGCAAGCACUCUGAAUCUGAAUGCAAGAGCAAAGAAGAGGUGAUGGCUGUGCGUCUGCGAGAAGCUGAUAGCAUGGCUGCAGUGGCAGAGAUGCGGCAGCGGAUUGCUGAGCUGGAAAUCCAGAGGGAAGAGGGGAUGAUCCAGGGCCAGCUUAACAACUCUGACUCCUCCCAGUACAUUCGGGAACUCAAGGAUCAGAUUGAUGAGCUCAAGGCAGAGAUUCGGCUGAUGAAGGGACAGAAGCCUUUCGAGGACUCCAUGGGCUUUGAUGGUAUCCAUAUAGUGAGUCAUCUGGCGGUGGAUGAUGACUCGCUGCACUCUUCAGAUGAGGAGCUGCUGACCAGCCCCAUGGUGGUGGGUGCCCUGCAGGAUGUCUUGUAUCCACUGUCUCCCCAUAACACUCACUUUCUACGGGGUGCUGAGAGCUCGGGUAAGGAGAGUGAUGGCACUACAGAUAGCGAUCCAGAUGACCCUGCCUCCACUACCGAGCCCAAUGGUGAGAUCAUCUUUGCCGAAGCCCUGGGCAAAUGAGGAGAGAUGCUGCCAUCCUCAACUCUGUCUGGAAGGGACUUGGUCCCUCUGGCCAUGCUAUAUUGAAGGUUUGGAGGUCAUACACAGAUCAUAUGAGAUGGAACAGAGGCUCUCUACUCAGGGCUCUACUGUGCCCUUGAGAUGGCAUGAGGGACAGACCGUCCUACAGCUGGCCUGCAUUACAAUGGACUCUAUCUCUGUUGAUCAUCAUCUGCACUGCCUUUUUUCAGCUCACUGAUAGCUCAAAUCCAUGUAUUGCCCUUACUCACCCCCCAUCGUUGCACCACCCUUUUUCUCUCCUAUACACAAAAGGGUUGUACACUCAAGGACUUUGAAGGGACAGCAGAAUCAACCAGGCCACAGGUUCUAUAAAAUGCAGUCCAGUACUAAUCAACCUCUGCCUCCUUGCUGUGCUUGGAGAGGUAAGAGGGGUCUGUCUUCCUUUUAUUUAUAUGUGAUUUUCUACCCUGCUGUUCUGUGGAGAGUUAAGAAAAUUGGAUACCUCCACACUCCUUUGUGAUUUUCAGCCCAGGAAAGGACAGGAAAAGGUGUAUAGAGAGUGUUCUUCUGUUUCAAGAGAGAGAGAGAAAUUAUAUUUUUGUUCCUGUGUAUAUUAUUUAUUUAUACUGUGUAACUGCCAGUCCAUCUACCUUAGAGGAGCCUUGGCAUAAAGCUUUAAGUUCAGUUAUCUUGAGGGCUUUUAAGGAGCAGCGAGAACUGCUUCUGUAGCGAAAGAUAUGACAUCUUUUCUAUUUAAUUGUGCCUCGUAAGGGAAGGAUUCCACUUGGUAUCUUCUAUGGCUUGUUUUGACAUUCUGUUCUGUUGCAACCCCAACAGGAGAUUUAAGUGCUGCCUUAAUCCAUAUGGUAAGUGGCAGUUCCUCUAAAAUUCCUUGCCCAGAAUUGAACGAAAUGAUGCCAGUUUCUUUCUUAAUGCCACCUUUAUGACUAUAUUUUCAAACACUGGUUCCUGUAAAGUUCCUACCAAUGCCUGGUUUGCUUCGGGUGGGUGGCAGUCCAUCAAAGCACACAGACUAUAGAUUUUAUUAAAGAAAGAAGGGUACAAUGCUAGAUCCUUCUUGAGUUUUGUUUCUGUUCAUCAUUUACAAGAUCAAUAUAAGUGGCUGAAUUUUCAGGCAUCUGAAAGAAUUUUUUUUUCUUGGAAAACAGCUAGCAUGUGGUGAGAUGGGAAUACUAUGGUGCGUGGACAUCUGAUCCUGCCCAGAUUUUUUUUUAAAUGGAAACACACAUAUUGUUGUAGUGGAACUGCACAUGAAGCAAACAUAAAUUCCCCAGCUCCAUGUUUGCCUCCUAACACUAAUUGGGGGUGGAUUGCAGGGGAGAUUCUGCGGGAGAAGUUUGUUUAAUCCUAUAUGUUCCUUCCCCUGUGACCUCUGCACAUACGUUUGCAAUCAGAAACACUUGAUUAACAUGUAACUCUACUCCAUAAAACAGCUCCUUGCAGAAACUGUCUUGGGGGUGGGGGUGGGGACUUCAGCUUCUCAACAAGGUUAGCAUGAGGGUUGCUGACAUACCCACACCAGCUGGGGAAAACCAAUGGAGCGAUACUUGGGUGAAAGGCAUGGUGCUGAUUUGUACCAGCCAAAGAUCACUCUGUAUUCAUUUUCAGUACAGGAUGAAGCCUGCUAGUUUGAUUCUUCCUCCUUCCCCUCUAACAGUGGAGCCUUUCUUUAAAAUCCAUAAAGCCCCUCUCGUGCAACAUUUUCUGUCCAAUGAUGAGGAGAUGGGGAGAGGUCAAGGAUGUACUGGUGUGAAAUAUUUUGUCUUGCAUGGUGUCUGAAUAAAGGCAUUGUUGCAAAUGAAUAUGACAUUAGGAGAUGGAGAGGGGUUCUGUCCACAAAAGAUGUAUGAAAGAGGUGGUGAAGGAUGUGGAAUUCUGAAGAUGUAACUGCCAAGGAGGUAGGCAGUUUCAUUAGACAAGAUCCCUGGUUAUUGUGGAUGUUCUCUGGACAGUUACAGUUAGUUUGCAAACUGGGAAGUGUUUCUGCUUAAUCGGAAGUAUUUGCUAAUCCACACGUACUUAGUUUUCAUCCUUCACUCAACACUGUUUCCUUACUCCAAGCAGUUACAAAUUGAUACUCCUUUUGAUUUUGCCUAACUUCUAAAACCUGCAACAAUCAUAUUUUAAAAUGUUUUGUAUCAGAUGCAUAGUCCUCUCUUUCUGAAACAGAUCUCCAUGCUUCUUCACUUGGCAUGGAUUUGCAAUAUAUUUAGUCCAUAGUGAAGGAGGAGUUCCUUUGAUUUUUUCCAUAUUUUAUUCUUCAUGUCUCUUAGCAACAGGCAAACUUUGUUGGUCAUUUUACUUCCCACAUCCUGGACUCCUCUAAUAAGGUUAGACCAGCAUUUGCACUGCAGAAGCAGGGAGGACAAACCUGCACCCGCUUAAGCCCAGCCUAUCAUAUGGGUGGUCUUGAAGUAUUAUGUAUGUAUUUCUAUGAAUAUGCCUGAGGAAAAGGCUCCAGUUUGGAAUAACGUUGCAUAUUUUAAUAGGUGUAUUCUCUAUACACAUGCUGUACUGUAUUGCCAAAUUUCUGUGAUUUACCCCAUCAUUUUUCAGUCUCCCCCAGAUCAGCAGCAUAAUAUGCAAUCCAAAUGAGAGUUCAGCCCACACUCUUACUCUGAUCUCCUUGUGUCAGUCUGAUUUUUUUGCUAGCAGUGGGCACAUGUUUGCAGUUUUGGAUGGCUUGUGAAACUGUUUGCCAGUUUGUAUUUAUUUUUAUUUAUUUAUUUUAUUUUAUUUAUAAACCGCCCUUAGCCAAAGGCUCCCUGGGCAGUGUACAACAUAAAAUAAUACAAUAAAUUAACAAUCACAAAAUAUAAAAUACAAAUAUAUAACAACAAUAAAAUAAAUUAGAAAGACCAAAACAUUAAAACGUAUUUAAAAUACAUUAAAAUGCCUGGGAGAAUAGGAAGGUUUUAACCUGGCGCCGAAAGGAUAUCAACGUAGGCGCCAGGCGUACCUCCUCGGGGAGACUAUUCCACAUCAUAAUUCCUAGCAGUUGUUGUUUGUGUAGUGCUACCUGAAUGCUUGCUGCCUCCAAGAUUACAUGUUAGGAAGAUCUUUAAUCGCUGCUGUUUCUAAAUCUGGAGUAAACCCCAUUGACUUUAGUGUUCUUUCAAAUUUAUAUUGGAGUAAAUGGGAGAAGAAUAUGUUCGUUAGAAUCAAAUCCAAACUGCUUCUUCAGCCUGUUUUUGUCAGGGUUUGGGAUUUGUUUUUAAUGUGACAUUCACGCAGACAUGCAGGCCAUACUCUAGGCUUGUUCUGGCAUGACUCUUACUGAAGUGACAUUUGUAACACUUGAUCUACUGUACAUUAAUAAUUCACAUUUUUGCCACCUUGUUGCAAUGUUUGAGACUAUGGCAGUAGAACAGUGCAAUGCAUUUUACCAAAGGUUUCCACAAAGUUUAACCCCAACUGCUUCUGUACCUGCAAAUACACAGAAGUUUGGAGGAAACUGUUACGUUUUCCCUUCCAUAUCGGAAGGUAACAUAAACCACAGUACAUUCGAAAUGUGUGGUGUCGCCCAGAGUUGUCUGAUCUCCAAGACUAGAUGCAUGCAACAACAGAGAGAAAAAGGACAAGCGCUCCAGCAGGGACUAUGUAUUUAUAUCCUUCUGAAGCGCAGGGUUGGAUAACAUAUGAUGAAACUUAAAAAAAAAAAGUAGUUUAUUCCUAAUUAAAGCCUAAUUUCACUCCUUGGUACCAUGGAAUGAAACGUAUUUGGUGCAAGGACCAUUCUAAUUUUGCCAUGAUUCAUAACAAAGCACAAGGUACCCUACUUAUUCAAGUUGGCAUAGCUUGUUUUUUCUCAAGCCCCAGUGAACUGAAUAACAUCAGGUCACAUUAUACCUGAUAACAUUGAAGUAGCUUACUUCUCAGGCAAAUUUACUUUAGUUCAUUUUUUAAAUCCUUUUAAAUCAAGCUAACAAAAAAGUAUAGCAUGAAUUCUAAUUUACACAAGGGAUUUGCCUGUUUGUUCUAAUCGUUGGCUAAACGGGCACUUCUGUAUUUUGGGGGCUCCUGAGAUGGAGAAUUGUGUACUAGAAGUGCUGGCCUUCUGCAUACUGGCCAUACACAUACAUACUACAAGCUUCUGCCAGGGCAUAGGAGAAGAUCUGCGGCUAGCCAGUCUGGCUAUACACAACCCUCUCUUAGCAUCAUUGUACUUGUGGCUUGGGGUAAGGGCUUUCUGCCCAUCCAGAUCCCUUUAGUUAGUAGGAGUUUCUCUGGGCAUCAGCAUGAGACAUAAAAUGGCCAAGCCGUCUCCUCUGCCCCCUGCCACCUUCACAGUUGUGCUUCAGUAUUUUUAUUAUUACUGUGUCUUAUAGCACUAAAUAUGGUGAAUGGAAUUGAAAGGAUGAAGCCAAUUCUUACAUGCAGUGACUCUUACAAGCUAUCCUCCCCUGCAUUUCCCAUUUUUCAGCUAUUCUUUAGCUGUUUGUUCUUUUCCAAACAAAGGUGCCAAAUACUUCAGCCCACUCAGUGCUCUGGAGUAUGGGUAGCUCCCAUAUGUACCCAGAAUGGUAGGAACCUGGUGAGAAAAGGCAAUGUGCCUUGCAUACAGAGCACUCACAGAUGCAUGCCUGUUUCUGCCCAAAAAUACAUUUGCACAGACUUUUCCUCCUCUCUGGGCUACACCUGUGCUCCUCCAGUAUUUUUGAUAGCAGAGGGUUGUCAGGAAUCUGACCACCUGUGCACCAUAGGCUGCAGAUUCCUAUACCAUCAGCAAAUGGUGGCGUCACCUAUGUGGCAACACCAAUAUCCUAGAGCAGGCUUUUAUGUCUGGCUCCAGUCUGUUCUCCUGGGUAGGAUAGGCUGGAGGCAGCGCCUUGUCUGUGAUCUUUGCUUGCUAUCGCCAUGGUUCAAUUUGCACUUUACUAGUUACUCUUUCCCUUCAUCAUCAAGGGAAAACAAUGUGGUGCUGUGUUUAGAGUGGGGUUGGGACUCUGUUCUCGUACCAUCUCUAACACUUAAUUUCUACUUGUUCUCUAGCUUGGAUGCCUCCAUUCCCUUCUUGAAUGCCACAGCUUCCCAUUCUACAGAAGCAGGAGAGGCUGAGCAUACUACUGUGAAGAAAACAUGUGGCACAUUGUUAAUUAGACUGUAUAGGACUUAGCUUUCCAUACUAGGCCCCAAUGUGCAAGUUGCCAAGAUGGUAUUCUGCAGGGGACAGAGUAGAAUGGGAAUCCGAGGUUGAGGAAAUGGCAGUGUAUUCUCCAAGACCUAGCUUGUUUAGUCUCUGAUCACUGAACCGAGAAAAAUGAGGGCAUUUUAAAAGUAGCAGAGCUAAAUUAAGAGUACUAGCGCUGCCCACCAUGUGAGUGUUUAUUUUUUGUCCUGGAGAAAUUGGUAAUAGGCUCAGUCUGGUUAAGCUUGAAAUUUGGAAAAAGAGAGUGCUGGUGGGCACCUGUUGGUUAGCACCUGCAAAACUGCCAACAUGUACUGUCUCCUAAACUGUGUGCAAUGUUGUUGAUAAAUGUUUGCUUUUUUUUCCUCCUGGAAGAAAUUUUUUAUGCAUAACACACACGUGCCACUUUAUAAAGACCAAGCAAACUUGUCCUAGGGCAAGAGCAAGACCCACCUCCUCGGCAUAGAAAAACAAAUUUUAUUCCAACAUUAAAGCUGCUACUAUGUACGUUGAAAGCAAGUUGCAAAGCUGGAUUUCACAAAUGAAAAACCCACUAUGAGUACUCUUAGAAUGAAUGAUACAUCAGCCUUCACUCUCAGUUGUAACCCCUGCCCAAUAAGAACAAAUGAUCUUUCACUAUUACACAUGUCUAAAAAUGCAAAUAAUCAUGACCUCAGUGUGAGCUGAAAAUAUUACCUUGCUUGGGACCUGCACGGGCCAAGGCCCUGGCUAGUUGCACUAGCUCUCUUUCAUAUCUGUUGGUUUCCCUCCCCCACCACACACACAGAGCAUGGUGAUGAUAUUAUGAUGGAAGGGUGCUUUUAGUGGUACCAAAAUUAAGCUUGACCAGAAUAACUUUGCAGCAGAAAUUGCUGAGGAGGAAGAGCUUGCAGUAGAAGAAAUGUGCCUAGAGACAGGUUAGUUGACAGAAAGGAGCAAUGGACUAAGAAGACAGCAUAGAUGAGGAGCUUUGUUUAUGCUGAGAAAGACUAAAGUGGAUUAUACUACACUCUUUUCAGUAUUGGGUGGGGAAUAUAUGUAUAUGAAGAAAGUAUUAGUGGAGAUUGUAACUAUACAACCAUUAUGUUAAAGGCUGGCUACUAACUUUGGGGUAAAGGGGAGAGCAUCAGCCUCGCUCUGAAGACAGUGCCUGGAAAAUCCCAGAUCACCAUUUUUUCAAAACAAGACUUCUGGUGGGUGUAUAUAAAAUGUAAAAUAUUGUUGCUGUUUUGUGUGGUAGUUUCUGAAGUUCACUUAAAAAUCCAAGAUUACUCAAAGCCAGUGGGGACCAGUUUCCCAGCUGAUAUAAAGCAGCCACACUGCAUGGAGGCAGUGGUACAAACUUACCACACCUUUUAUGUUCAAAUCUGGCUCCCACUUGUGCCAGCUUGUGGAACAGGGUUAAAAUCAGAGAUUACAUGGUUGAAAGCCCCUAUAUGCUGUGCAGCUAGAGCAGUGCCACACAACUGGAUUUCCAAGAGGAAUGUGCACGUUGCAGUGUUAUUGCUUUCCAGGUUGGAAGGUGUCUUUCUCUCCUCGUAGCCCCAACUGUUCCUAAAAUCAUGUGUUUAGUGUAACUAUGUACCAGUGUACCCCCUCUGCUCCUCAAAACCCAAACGUCCAUUCUUUCCAGCUCAUACCCAUAUUAAAACAAAUACUAUUGUACAAAAUAAUAUAUGUACUUUCAAGAACAAAAUAAACUAUUUACACUGUCUUAAUAA